AUGGCUACUCUUCUUAAUAAGGAGAGUCUUGAAUUGGCCUCAUUCCUAAUGUAUCACCUAUGGGCCAGGAGGAAUGCAUUCAUCUUCCAAAAUCAAUUUUCGAAACCAAGCACAGUCACAGCAAGGGCUCAGUCUGAGCUCUCUUUGUUCAUAGAGUACAAUACAGUCAUCAGGAGUCUAGCUGAAGGUAGUGCGAGCAGCAGUCUGAUUCCAACCUGGAAGCCCCCUAACCGGCCUUUUGUUAAAGUUAAUUUUGAUGCAGCAUUUGAUAAGAUCAACGGUAGAAUGGGGAUGGGGAUAGUUAUUGGAGACCAUGCAGGUAGUUUAAAAACCUGUUUGACAGCCUCAAGGGACAACAUUCAUUCAGUCUUUCAAGCUGAAGGAGAAGCUCUUCAUAGAGCAAUGAGUUUAUGCCUCGAGCUAGGAAUGUGUCACGUUAUCUUUGAAGGAGAUGCCAAAGUAAUCAUAGAUGCUGUAAAUUCCAAAAAAAGAAGACAAUUCAUGGUUGGGACAGUUGACAGAGGACUUGCAGCAGUUUUUGGUGCGCAAUCCAUCCUGGCAACUGAUUUUUGUUCACAGACUUGCAAACAGAGCUGCUCAUACAGCAGCUAA